CAGUCGGCGUCCAGGCCUUCACUGUCGUCCAGGUCUCUCCUCUAUCUCCGCCUUCACCGUCCCCUCCCCACAGCCCACCCCGCAGACAGUUGGGUGGCCGCGCCGGCGCCGCCCAUGGCCGCACCACCCGCGCGUGUGCCGCUUCUUCGUGCACCCAGCCGGCCCUUCCCCGCCUCCCAGAUCAACCCCCGCCGUCACUUCCGGCCGUCGGUGUCGGUCGCCGUAGGAGGCGUGGGCGGCCCCGUGCUCCGCACCUGCAAGAAUUGCAAGAAGCAGUACGACCCGGCUGCGAAUCACCCUUCGUCAUGCCGCUACCACACGGCCCACUUUGGAGGGGAAACAAAGAGAAAAUUUGAAAGUGUCCAUUCUGGUGGGACCAUGGAUACGCCGGGUGCAGGCAAAGUGCUCCAGUACUGGCAUUGUUGUGGAUCAGAGGAUCCAUUUGAUGUUGGUUGUACUGCUGCUCCUCACUCUUCAUACGAUGACUAAAUAUCUGGAUCGUUAUCUGUCCAUUCUCCGUUGUGCUCUUGUGGUUCUACUUUUUUUCCCACAUGAAUAGUGGCCCGCUGAGGAUCCAUUUGAUGUUGGUUGUACCGCUGCUCCCUCACUCUUCAUACGAUGACUAAAUACGUUAUCUGUCCA